UAGACUAUAUUUGCAAGUAUCAGCGCUAUCCACCCACGUAAGCCUUGGCUUAUCAUUAGAUGGUGUGGACCUUUGGUGUGGACGCACCAUUUAAUUGUUUAUUAUCUGUGGUAAGGCGAACAACUGUCAAUUCUAAAAUAUUAUCCUAUCUGUGGUAUGCCUCGAUGUCUGAAGAGAGGCGGUCGUUGUUUUUCUUGGGCCAUUUUUCUGCUUAUUUAAGUGUUUUCAAUCGACUUAUUAUUCGCAAUGAACACAUUUAUAUCGGUUAAUUAUGUAGAAAGUGAAUAGUUAAUUAAUAUUGGAUAUCGUAUUUUAAAAUAAAUACAAUGCCUCCAAUAAACACUAAGGGGAAGAGUAGUGCAGAAUACGAGAAUAUCAUAGCCAAGAAAUGCACAGCAUUGGAUUUUGAGAGCUAUAUUCAAGAAAACAAGACUCUGCUUCUGAAUGAUCCUCUUCGAGACAUUCUUUUAUACCCCUCUGAUGAUGUUUCUAGUGUGGUCCUCCCGCGCCGCUGGCGAACAGUUACAACAGCGGUGCCUGACGUGAGGACUGCCUCCACUUGCCCUCUGCUCACUAGACAGGCCUUGCUCAGCUAUGCUUCUAGUUGGAAUCUUAUACACUUCAAGUAUAAUAGUUAUUCUGGCACAUAUCUCAAUUUACCCAGACCAAUUGAUAACAAAUUAAUAGAAGAAAUAUACGACAUAGAUGCUGAAACCGAAAGCGACAAUGACGCUCAAGCAGCCAAAGUUGACAUUGGCACCAAAGAAGGCUAUCUGCUCAAAGGGCCCGAAAUUGGCUCAGACAGAAUAUUUAGCAACCUUGCUUCAAAAUCGUUCAAAAAACGCUAUUGCUCAAUGGUCAGAGAAGCUGAUGGUGCUUACAUUCUCGAGGUAUAUAAAGAUGAUAAGAAAACCGACACGAAGCUCACUAUCGUCAUGGAUUUUUGCUCCGACGUUGUCAAAAAUCCAAAGCGUGGACGCCACUGUUUCGAGUUACGUAUGUCUGGAGGAAAAGGUUACACAUUCUCGGCUGAUAAUGAGGAGGAAAUGAAUGAGUGGAUAACCGCAUUUAAUGCGGCUUUGAAGAAGAACCAGGAUUGUCCAGAAAUCAAUCAGGAUGAGGUAUUAGAUAAAGACGCAGAUGUCUCGCUGACAGCAGAGCCGCCACCUCCAACCUACGGAACGCUCAAAGGCCUGGAGCACAGCAUGAACCCGCUCCUGAUGCGAUACUCCAGAGAGACGGACAUGUCCAUAGCGGCGGCGCGCAACGAGUGCCGCGCUAACAUAUUCAGCAUGCCGUACAAGCGGACGCCCUCGCCUGAACCACAAUUAGAACCCUUCAAAGAACACUUCGGCCAAAAAAUUCUGCUCAAAUGCGAAAGCUUAAAAUUUAGGUUACAAGCGCCAAUAGAUGGCGACAAAGAGCUCUUAUGCCAAGUAGAACCUUAUUUCACUUACCUCGCUCUAUACGAUGCAAGGAGUGGCAAGAAGUUAACGGAGAACUUCCAUUUUGACCUGAACCAUGCGGCGGUGAAGGAUCUAGUCAAGGAUGUCGAGGAUACGAACUCGCUGGUCGAGAACUUUAGCUACGAUGUUAAAUUAGAUGUUAAAUUGAUCCCGGAGGAAUGGUUCAGAUCAAAGAGACAGGUCUUAUUGUCAAUAAACAAUCCCCACCCAGACCUGUUCUUAGUAGUUAAAAUUGAUAAAAUCCUGCAAGGCCACGUAAGUCAAGUCCUGGAGCCCUACCUCAAAGCCACCAAAGACCCUCGAUUGGGACUCAAAGUCCACAAAACUGUCCAGUCGUACGCCCACCGCGUUGGAACCUACAGGAUGCCGUUUGCUUGGACUGCAAAGCCGUUAUUUAAAUUAUAUAGCAAUGAUUUGGACACAACCCCCGAAUUUCCCGCCAUUUACCGGCAAGAGCCGAACAAAAUGUCAGACGACGAUUUGCUAAAGAUCCUGUCAGAUUUCCGGAAGCCGGAAAAGUUGGCAAAGUUGAGUACAAUACCUGGGUGGCUCAAUAUCAACAUUUCCCCUAGCAACGAACAAAUACCAAACUGUAUGACGACGGCAUAUGCAGCACUUAAGCCAUUUCCCCUCCCCCCUACCUCGCCACUCACCUUGGAACUAGCCACACUCAACAUGGAACCAGAACAGCCGUAUGCGGCCUUCAUACACCACUUGUAUGUCAGGCCUCUGUCGCUGAACUUCGAGUCGCAGAAGAUGUUCGCCCGCGCUAGGAACAUCGCCUGCUCUAUUGAGUUGAGGGAGUGUGAUACGGGCGACAAUAAGCCCUUACAGGUGGUCUACGGGCGAGCCGGCAUGACAACGCAAUACCGGUGCUCAGUGCUGCACCACAACGCCAACCCCUCGUGGAGUGACGAAGCCAAGAUCCGCCUACCAGCUACCAUCACACCAAACCACCAUCUGCUGUUCACGUUUUACCACAUAUCGUGCGACUUGACUAAGAAGAAUGACGCUAACGUUGAGACGUGUAUUGGCUACGCAUGGGUUCCCUUAUUAAAGAACAACAAGUUUGUUGACGAGAUCGUGAAUCUGUCUAUAGCCACGCAUUUGCCAUCGGGCUAUCUGUCCAUCCAGCCACUCGGACUUGGUAAAGGGAACGCAGGCCCCGAAGUAAUCUGGGUGGAAGGCGAAAAGCAGCUCUUCCGCUGCCAACUGGUCCUGGACUCCACCGUAGCAACCCGUGACACACACCUACACAACUUGUUCGUACAAGCGGAGCGACUGAUCAAAACCAACUCGCCGCCGACGUCGCCAUCGCCGCCGCCGUGGAACGACGUCUGCAAUGCUUUGAAAGCCGCGCAUGCGAUUAAAUUGAGUGCUUUGGUAGCUUUCUUGCCGACGAUAUUGAACCAACUGUUUGAGUUGAUGACGGUGGAAAAAAGCUACACACAUGACAUGGGCUAUCAGAUUGUGAAGUUGAUUGUGCAUUUUGUGCAUAUGAUCCAUGAUUACGGACGGAAAGACUUGCUGGAUAGCUACGUCAAGUAUGUUUUCAACUGCGUAGCGUUCAAACUGCACACGGUAUUGACGGCGCCUCUGUACCUGUUCGUCGACCCAAAUCAGCAAGAUUUUCUACUGGGACACAAGUUCAUGCAGUACUCGAGUUUCUUCUUCGAUAUUAUCAUCAAAAGCAUGGCGCAAUAUCUUAUUAACACUGGAAGAAUUAAGAUGUCCCGAAACGAAAGAUUUCACGCUGAUCUCUUGGACAACAUCGAAAAAUUGGUUACAGUCGUUGAGCCAUCAUAUAUUCUGCAACAACCCUUGCAGACUCACAUAUUUAACAAAAAUCUUGCCUUAUUUCUUAAGUCUUGCCUGUCGUUUAUGGAUCGUGGCUUCGUGUUCCGCCAAGUCAAAAGAUACCUAGACAAGUUCAAAGCGUGCGAGCCUAAAGCACUGUUCGAGUUUAAAUUCACGUUCCUCCAAACAAUAUGUUCGCACGAACACUAUGUGCCAUUCAACUUGCCAUUGCACUCAAACAAACUGGGAAAAGAUAUGGAUGAAGACCCAGCAAAGUUAAAACUGUCAGAGGAAUUUAUUAUGAGGCAUUUUCUGUCAGGAGUAUUACUCAAACAAGUGGAACAAUCCCUCCGUGAGGCACCUCAAAAACGGCGCACGGCACUCGGCGUGCUUCGCGCCCUACUCACGAAGCACGAGCACGACGAUCGCUACCGAUCGCGGCAGUGCCGCGCACGCCUCGCGCAGCUGUAUGCGCCCUGGCUCACUGUCGUGCGAGACAACGCCCACCGCCUAGUAACCAAAACUCUAGCCAGUCCGGUGUUAGAGAAUGGCCAUGAUAAAGUUGAUGGGGACGCGACCGUCAACCCAAUCACUAACAACACGGCGAAAGAUGUUGUGUCUGCAAACAACACGCCUCGAAGAAAUCGGCUCACUCUACACUUUGACCACACGCCAGUAAGGAAUUCUGCACAUUUCAAAGAUCCGCCUGUCGUGCAAAUCAACAAUUACGGCAAAGAUCACGCAAACAAUGCGUCACAAAGCUCUCUAGAGUCCGUGUCGACCAUGUCGGGCGGAGACUCGCUCCCCAGGAACGCCGGGCGGUUGGACUUGAGCGAUAUCGGGGAUCAAGUCAAUAGAUUUGGUGUGAUGUCCGCGGAGGAGGUGCGCGAUGUGCUUUUGUGUUUCCUGUUUGUGUUGAAGUACCUGGAUGAGGAAAGACUCGUGGAGUGGUGGAAGACGCAUACUACGGCGCAGCAGCAAGCGUUUUUCAAUGUUUUAGAAAUAUGCGCAGAACAAUUCCAGUACAUCGGGCGCAAGCGCAUACUCUCCGAACUAAAGGCUACCACGCCCGACUGCAACGGCAAGCCAAAGCCGCUCAAAGCUAGAACGUUGCCCGCUAGAAUGAGCCCGCCGGACUUCUCGAAGGAACCGCCUAUUAUUGUCGAGAAAAAUAAUACGGUGAAUAGGGAGAAUCUUGCUUCUGCGACGGUUACUUCUGAGCUAGAAACCAUAGCCGAGCACGCCGUAGUAUCCGCCGGUUGUCUCGCCACCGAGGUCGGCCUCACCAUAAUCGACCGCACCUGUCUCUUCACGAAAAACUUAGGUGCGGCCGAAGGCGCCGCGGCUCGUCCUUAUCUCAAACUACUACAAUUCCCUCAGAGUGAAUCGCUUUAUAAGCACCUCUUUGCUGCCUUGAGAGCUUAUAUCAAUCAAUUUUCGGAGACUUUGUUUGAAGGUGGCAGCACAUUAUGCGCGGGCGUUGUCAGUUCUGUAGUGAGGUUGUGCGAGGCGCGCGCGGCGUGGCUGCGACGCGAGGCGGCGGCCGCGCUGUACCUGCUCAUGCGCGCCAACUACCAGCACGGCGGCGGCGGCAGCCUCACCCGCGUACACCUUCAGGUUAUCAUAUCAGUCUCGAAACUACUCGACACAUCAACGGCUCUCAACUGCAAACGUUUUCAAGAAUCUCUUUCUGUGAUAAAUUGUUUCGCCACCGGCGACAAGGCGAUGAAGGGCACAGGGUUGUCAACGGAGGUGGCGGAGUUGAUGCGCCGCGUGCGCACCGUGGUGGGGGCGCGGGCCAGACUCGCAGGCGUCGGCGGCAGUGGAGGCGCGGCGGGAGCGGGCAGUGUGCAUUUAGCAGAGCUACAGCACGCGCUUGCAGCGUCUUGCCGCGCGACGCCGCGCUUGCGACACGCGUGGUUGGCCACUCUGGCGGAGCACAACGCAAGGCAGGGCGACCAUGAUGAGGCUAUGUGCUGCCAACUGCACAUCGCAGCACUGAUAGCCGAAUACCUGAAGCUGCGGGGGAACCUCGAGUGGGGCGCUGACGCCUUCGCCGAGAUCUCCAUGAAUAUCCCCAAGGACGAGACCGGGCUCAAAAUAGAUGAAGGUAUGACCGACGUCCAAUACAAUGAACAAGCUCUUCUGGAUCAGCUGAUGAUCUGCACAGAGUUCGUCGACAAGGCGGAGAGAUACGAGCUCCUCGGGCCGCUCUACCGCCUCAUCAUCCCCAUCUACGAACGAAGGAAGGACUACCAAGCUCUUCUCACCUGCUACCAGCACCUCACCAAAGCUUAUGCCAAAGUUAUAGAAGUCACGAACUCAGGGAAGCGAAUGCUCGGAAGGUUCUAUCGGGUGGCGUUCUUCGGCAAGGCCCACUUCGGCGAAGACGAAGAAGGAGUCGAGUUUAUAUAUAAGGAACCGAAACUGACCUCACUGAGCGAGAUAUCGGAGAAGUUGCAGACUUACUACGAACACAAGUAUGGAGCGGAAAAUGUCAAGAUGAUUAUGGACUCGGCGCCGGUAAACCGCUCGGAACUGGACAGCAAACUAGCGUACAUCCAGGUGACGUGGGUGCGCGCGGCGGCCCCGGCGGCGGGCGGCGGCGGCGGGGGCGAGGCCUUCGAGCGCGCGCACAACGUCCGGCGCUUCGUGUUCGAGACGCCCUUCACCAGGGACGGCGCGCCGCGCGGGCCCGUGCACCACCAGCGGCUGCGGCUCACCCAGCUUACAGCUGAAAAUUGGUUCCCGUACGUGAAACGGCGCGUGCCCGUGAUCGAAACGCAAGUGGAAGAGAAGAGUCCCAUCGAGGUGGCGGUCUCCGAGAUGGAGGGCCAAGUGCUCGAGCUGACGGAGAUCGUCAACGCCAAGGCGCCGGAUAUCAAGAAGUUGCAACUCAGAUUGCAAGGCAGUGUGUGCGUGCAAGUUAACGCUGGCCCGAUAGCUUAUGCCAACGCAUUUCUUGAUCCCACUUUGGCCCCCAUGUAUCCAGACGACUUAGUCGACAAACUCAAAGGCACUUUCAAGGAAUUCCUGACAGUCUGUCACGCCGCGCUCCAGCUGAACGCAAAGCUUAUCAGCUCCGACCAAGUAUCGUAUCACGAAGCUUUAGAAGCGAACUACUUGAAACUGAGCGACUCUCUUGCCGCGGUACUGGGACAACCGCUACACGAUAUUCUCGUCAACGGGAACCUUAGUACCACCGUCACUGGUGUUGAAUUGGAUUCCAGCAAUGCCUAAAAAAUACAUUUCAAGCAAAUAUUCUUGGACAGAAUUAUACGACAAUGACUGCUAAAAAGCUUGAAAACGAGUAGUAGGCUAAUUAUGGGAUGUUAAGGUACAUGCUCCAAAAAGGCUCCGGUUUAUUUUCAAAAUUUCACACUAAUAUAAGUCUGAAUGGGUUCAAAUUGUAUUCUAAUAUUCGCUAGUACCAUAGACAAAACUGCAAGUACUUAAAAAAAAUAACGAUGAGCCUUCUUUGGUGUAGGUACCUUAUUUAAACAUCAAAGCAAGGUUAGAGAUAGUGAGAUGUUAGAUAGUUGAUAAAUGCUGGUGGUGAUCUGGUCAGGAUAUUUAGUUAAAAUUGUAUUAUUAGCCUUUCGGGUUUUAAUGAUAAUGUUUCAGGUGAUUAUAGUCGAAAUUAUAUUUAAUAUUCUUAUAACUAUUAUUUAUUCUAGAUAUGGAUACUUUACAACGUACUUCGAACAAAAUGUUAUUCUAGAUGUAAAUUGGAAACUUUCACUUGUAUUUGGUUGUAUGGAUGUAGUUACUAGUAAGAUAUGGUUUUGAAAUUUGUUUCAAGUUACGUAUGUCUACCCUAUUAGUUUGCACAUUUAUUUAUUUACCAAAAAUAAUAUAAAAGACCUGCUCAUACAAUUAACCUCAAAUAUAGUCAAUUAAAAAUUCCAUCCUAUAUUCCGUAAUUGACGCCAUAAAUAAAACUAGCAUUUUUGCUACAAAGAGUUCAAAUAAUUACAACUUACACAGAAGUUGCAGUAUUUUAUUUAGGCUAGUACAGGGGUCGGCAACCCGCGGCUCGUGAGCCUCAUGCAUUAUAUGAAGUUACUUUAACCUACACAAAAAAUUAACACUUUAAUGUUCUUAGACCACUGAAAACAAAACUGGUGGCUAUUUGAGCUACAUAUUAUUGCUGAUUUUUGCUGCGUUUGGCUGUUUUUCUAAAAAGUUUGGCGACCCCUGGACUAGCACAGUAUUAAAGCUAGCCCGCAGUGCUAGCAAUAAUAUUACAAUAAGUGCCAUUAGUCCAUUUCAUAGUCAUACAAUCCAAACUUGAACACAAACGAAAUACACGCAUUUCAUACUUUUAAUGGGGCCGAGCCCUGAAGUGAUUGUUAUCAUAGCUAGGUAUGUCCGUAGUUAGUAAUUUUGUAUAUGUCCUUAUCUUUGUAAAUCUGUACGGAUAUGAUGGUCGGAGUUAUCCUCGUGAUAACGUGAUAAUGGUGGCGUCUGCCUUUUUCUAUCUAGCGGUGUUAAAAAGUGACAGAUGCUUUGCCACGUGGAUGACAGCGUCCAUCAUACGCCCGCUGGAGGCAGUAUGGAGGAGUCACAAUGUCCCUAGAUACAUUUCUGUUGUUGAUGGCAAACUUUAUGGCAAAGAGACACAUGUCAAGGUUUCAUCCGAAGCUGAAUAAUAUUCUCAAUUAUCACAUACCGUACUUACAUUCAUCCUAUGUAUCUGCAUAUAUGAUUAACUAUAACUUAUUAAGAUAAGAUUCAAACGGAAAAAGUUGUGCAAAAAUAUCCACUCUGCAUGACGACGAAUUUUAAAUUCAUUAAUAUUCUAGAAGCGCCUUUUCUCUCUAAAUAAAUCUAAAAUGGACUGCUAAGCUCAAAAUUAGCACCCAGACUGAAUAUUACCUCCAAAGAAGUCAUGUCAAUAUUUCAGACACUGUAAGACUCUUUUCCACAUUUUUGUAUAAUAGGUACGUCUUAUAUCGGUAGGUAGCUACAGUGUACAGUAGGUACAUUAGCAAUGGAUGUAAUUUCACUUCUAAAUAUAUGUAACGACGACGUUAUAACAGCUAUAUCGUUAUGAAAACAGUGUGAUAAUUUAUCCAGAUUGUAAUUGCUUGAUUCACGAAAUCCUGCAUAAAUAAGUAUUAAGUGAUUGGCAGAUGGUUUUAAUAAAUUUGAUCAUGUACCGUAACUCAGAUAUAAUAUAAACACUACAUUUAAAUCACGACGCCGCAUCGUGCUAUUGAUGCUUAUAAUUUUGGCCUUAUGAAUAAUGUAAUAUGGUAGAAAAUCAUCUCUCAAUUACUGGUAAACACAUUUUACACAUUGUAGUAGGUAGGUACUAUGCGACACGUUAUUAUGGACUUAAUUUUAAACAAAGAUUUAUGCAUGUUUAAUUUAUUUUGUUAGUAACUUAAGGCUGACUUCAUUUAUUUCUGUCUACAAAUUCAUUGAACAAAUACCUAGUUAUUAUCCUAUUUAUAUAUUUCUAGAAUUUCCUCUUUUGUAAGAGUAUUUCUAUACAAUAAAUAUGAAAAAAUCUUUCACAUAGUGAGAUGAAGAUUUUUAUUAUUGAUUGUGACUGAUUUUUCUCUGUGGCAGUUUGUAAGUUUCAUUCCAUAGUAUAUCUAAAUAUAUAUGUUGUUUUGGUUCAUUAUUACGAGAAGUAACUAAUAUAGUGAAAGGAAUCUCGUUAGAUUUUUGCAGUUUGUAUUUAUUCCGAUUGAACAAUGUAUUGAUUUCUGUUAUACCUAGCUAUAAUCCCUCUCCCUCCGCGUCAUGCAUACACGCAACGCAUCCCAUUAAAUUAUUACUAUUAAAUAAGAUUAUCUUGUCA